AAGAAGAAGAAGCAGACACUCCCUCCUCCCAGUGCCAAGAAAAAGCAGAACAAACAGCUGAUCCAGCACGGUCACUUUUUUAUCAAAACAAGAUGAAAAAUCUACUUUUGCUGCUUCUCUUGUGUCACGUGUCGUCAUCAGUAAAACACUCCCUGAAGUUUUUCUUAACUACAUCUUCUGGAAUCCCAAACUUCCCACAGCUUGUGGUUGCUGCAAUGGUUGAUGACCUUCUGACGGGUUACUGUGACACCAAUAUAAAGAGAAUACAACCAAAACAGGACUGGAUGAAAACAGCAUUAGAAAACAAUCCGCAGCAUUUGGAGUGGUACACUCAAUACUGUUUUGAGAUCCUGCCACAUAUAUUCAAAGCCAUAAUGGACAACUUGAAGCAGCGCUUCAACCAAAGUGGAGAUAUCCACAUUUUCCAGAGGCUGAAUGGCUGUGAGUGGGAUGAUGAGACUGGAGAGGUUAAGGGUUUUAUGCAGUAUGGUUAUGAUGGAGAAGACUUCAUAUCAUUGGACCUGAAGACACUGACAUGGAUCGCUCCGAAACCACAGGCUGUCGUCACCAAACUGAGAUGGGAUGCUGACAAAGUCCAACUAAAACGUCAUGAAAACUUCUUUGCAUACAUUUGUCCUGAGUGGCUGAAGACUUAUGUGGCCUUUGGAAAGAGCUUUCUGCAGAGAAAAGACCUUCCCUCAGUGUCUCUCCUCCAGAAGUCUCCCUCCUCUCCAGUCAGCUGCCACGCUACAGGUUUCUACCCUGACAGAGCCAUGAUGUUCUGGAGGAAAGAUGGAGAGGAGAUUCAUGAGGACGUGGAGCUCGGAGAGAUCCUCCCCAACCACGAUGGAUCCUUCCAGAUGACUGUUGACCUGAACCUUUCAUCAGUCCCACCUGAAGACUGGAGGAGGUACGACUGUGUGUUUCAUCUCUCUGGUGUGAAGGACCACAUCGUCACCAAACUGGACAAAGCAGUGAUCAGGACCAACAUGGAGAAGCCCAGUGACAUGACCGUCCCCAUCACUGCUGCAGUGAUUGUUCUUGUUUUCAUCCUCAUCGCUGCCACUGGAUUCAUCAUUUACAAAAAGAAGAAAGCCCAAUGUCCCCCAUCUUCUCCUGACAGCAGCUCUGAGCUCUCUGAGAAACUCAAUCCAGAAACCUGACUGACAAAAAGAGUAAACACUAUGAUAUGUGCUUUACAAAAAAAGACUGGAAGAUGGCUCCCUGCAAUCUGAAUGAAGUGGUUUAACCCUAUGGGCCUGAACGACGCAUAGUGCAUCCAAAUUCACACCUGUUCUUCUGUAUGGAUUUUCUCCGCGACCAUUCGUCAUAGCGAGAAGCCACGCAUAUCACAUGAAACAGCGGAACCGUAGCUGUAGCUUGUCGGUAGUCCAGUGUUUUCACAGCAAAAAAAAUUAUAAAGUUGCACUAAAAUUAUGUAUAAGAAAGCUUUCAUACAGCUCUGCACACACAUUACUGUUGGAUGGAUUACUUGCGAAUGCAGGCUCGCACAGAAAUGCCAUGCAUAUCACAUGAAAGCGCAGGACCAGAGCUUUCCAGUGAUACCACACACAUCAUUGUGCUGUCAUCCCAUCACACUAUAAAUACAGAUUAAUUGUCUACAAAAUAAAAACCUGACAAAUUUCUUUACAAUCCAUUAUACAGAUCUCGUUAUCAGUCACUUCAUAUAGUGAGGAAUAUCGUAUCUUACCACGUCUUAGGCUUGUGUGUGUUUCUGCCUGUCUAUCAACAUUUGUAGUCCGGCUUUCAAGAUGCAAAUAUCUCCAUAUUGUCCAGUUGACACUCCAUCAAACUUUGUAUGACAAUAGGGCUAGGUAUCGAUUCAGAUUUUCCAGAUCGAUUUGAUUCGAUUUUCAAGGACUCAGUUUGAUCCGAUUCAGUUCAGUUCAAUAUCCAUUCAGUCAAGUAUAUUUCAAUUAUGAUACAGAAUUUGCUUGGAUAUUAAGAUAUUUUCUGAGAACUAACGAAGUAUAUUUAACAAGGAACCCUCUGACCUGGUGCAUUACUAUUAAAAAUACUGUUUACAUUAAGAAUUGACCCCAAAGCAGUUACAUUAGUGAUCAUGUACUUUUAUUUAACAUUACCUGACUAACACAUACAAAAUAAAUAUUUUAAAUUAAAUCUAAUCACAAGGCAGACAAUUUAAAUGAAGUGGCUACAAAAAAUGUAAACAAAGGACAUCCACAAGUUUGCUGCCUGUAACCGUCUUAUAAAGCUUUUGUGCAAUACACUACAGUGGUUGUGAUGCACAAUAUACGUAGGUGAACCCUGCAGCAAAGUGAAACUUCUUUCUCAGAGAGGAUCUUUGCCUCCCAGUUUGUCCCUGGCGGCAGAGCAGAGUGAACCGUCUUUCUUCUCAGAGGAUCUUUGUCCCAUGAGAGCAGGCACGCUGCUCUCCGUGUCCGUAGUGUACACAACGUUCGCUAGUGAUGUGACAGUCACUGGAAGCACAUUAUGACCCUUCGGAAAAGUUUCUGUGUGGUACCUCCUGUAUUGUACAUGAGCUAACGUUAGCGGCUAAGGACUGAGAGGCUGUCCGGUAUAUGUAUGUGUGUGUGUGUCUGAGGAGCAUCAGUACGUUAGCCUUGCUGUUUGUCGUGUUAACGUUAUCGCCGGCGUUUCGGAUUUACUCGCGACCCUGUUAACUGGCAACCUUCAGCCGAAUGCGUCUGUGGUUGUCGUAGUGACAACAGCUGUUUUCAACCAGGAAGAGAACACGUAGCUGUCCUCGCGAAGGCCUCUUUAUUCAGUUUUUCAUAACAAUAUCAAAACAUAGUCGACCUGAUCCGUCUUUGGACUCUUGUUGGAGGAACCCAGUCACGGACCGACACUCAGUCGCGGUUUGAAUCACACUUGUUAUGACGGAAUGUUGAAAACAGGAAGAGGCCAAGUUGCUUUUCCUGUAAAUCUAACUCUUAUCUCGAAUAAAUUUUCUAAAUAGGACUACACAGUUUCGUCUCUGGUUCCUGCCUAAAUAAAUAUAUGCCAUAUUAAAGAACCGUUCAGCCCUGUGAAACGUAAAAAAGAAUAUUUUCAUGGGAUUCGAAUCCGCUUCAUUUUGGGAAAAUAAAUUAAAAGCCCAUAUUUAACGCGGUACGCCAUUAGAACAAUGGCUCUUUGUUGACAGAUCUAUUAAAAA